AAAUGAAGCGUCUGCUGCUGAUUCUCUUGGUGGUGGCUGUGAGCUGUGAAGUCGUCCAGGGUCGAGCCUCCGUGAAGGUGACACCGGACUCGACCCAGUUCGGGGAGUAUCAAAACAUCUCUGUGAGCUGUGAGGACUUUGGACCUGACUGGACUGUGUGGAGGUUCACCAAGGGUGAAAAGUUGGACUUGUCAGGAUGUGGGUCCAACUGGGGCAUUAAGACCGGGUCUUCGGGCUGUCAUCUGUAUGUAAAAAAUCAGGCCUCCGGAAUUUACUGGUGUGAAUCCAAGUAUCGAGAGAGCAGUGACACCAUCAACAUCACUGUCACAGGAAGACCAGUGAUCCUGGAGACUCCGGUUCAGGUAGAGGAUGGGCAGGAGGUGGUUCUGAGGUGCAGAUUCGAGCCUGGAUCCCAGAACUCAAAUGUGACCUUCUACAGACACAGAGACAGAGACAAGGACCCCAUCAAGUCCAGCCCUGAACCUCAGACCACCAUCACGUUCAGCAGAGACCAGCAGGGGGAGUACACCUGCGAGUACAACAAUCAAGAAUCUCCCUCAGUGCACAUGUAUCUCCAAGAGGACUCUCCAGCCCCGGUCCUGAUCUUGAGUCCGGACUCGGGUCAGUUCUUCGAGUACAGCUCCGUGAACUUCUCCUGUGAGCCGCACACUGAGGGCUGGACCGUCCACCGCAAGCCCAGAACCAGGGACAAAUGCAACCAAAACAUGUGUCAGUGUGGGCUGGACUGGGGUUCUGUCAAAUCUGGGUUUGUCUGUGUCCUCGAAGACGUCAAGGAAUCAGCCAGCGGCAUCUACUGGUGCGGCAAGAACACGCGACGCAGCAACUCUGUGGAGCUGGUGGUCAAGAACGGUGUGAUUCUUCAGAUGCCCGUCCUCCCUGUGUCUCCGGGACAAAGUGUCAAUCUGACUUGUCGACAUAAGACUGGCUCCGCCCACUCUGCCCGUUUCUAUAGAGACGGGCACUUCCUGUCUGAGCGGUCUGAGGGGAGAAUGACCCUCCAGCAGGUGGCGCUGUCUGACGAAGGCGAGUACCGGUGUGAGAUGGAGGGGGAGGAGUCUCAGCCCGGUCGGCUCAUGGUCAGAGCAGCCGCUCUUCCUCCCGACACGCUCCGGUCUGUUCUCUCUCUUCUUCACCUCAGGUACAUCAUCGUGUUCUCUCCGUACGUCGUCUCCACUCUGCUCUUCAUCUCCAUCUACAGGCAGACAGGGUGGGGCUCGCUCGCUCACAGGAGGAGGAGACAGUACACCCUGGACCCUCAGUACGAAGACGUGAUCCCAGACGUCACCACCGAGUACCAGUUCUGACCCGCGCCGCCACAUUUCACACGAGAAACAAGCAACCGAGGCUUCAGUCCCGGAUUAGACGCGUUUUAAAACACCGGCCGCUUCAAGGUAGGGGGUCACCGAUGACCCCGAGGUCACCGAGUCUGAACCUGCAGGUGGAAGCUCGAACAAAAUGUGGAUGAAACUGCAGUUUUAGAGAUGGACAGUGUUUUCUAGAAUAGUCUCUGUGCACAGCCGCUCACUGUCAAUCAAACAUUCAUUUAUCCAUUUUUCCACUUUACCCGGGGGCCUCAGUGGGACGUGCCCAGGACACGCCUCCAGGCAUCCGGAAUAGAUGACCGAGCCACCUCAGCCACUCCUCUCCACGUGGAGGAGCAGCGGCUCUACUCCGAGCUCAUCCCGUGUGACCUCUGUCUCUGAGGAGCGCCCGGUCGCCCUGCAGGAAGGAUCUCAUUUGAGUCGCUUGUAUCUGUCCUUUCGGUCAUUACCCCACAGACAGGACGUCGUGACGGUGGGGGGCGCUGUUGUGCACAGAGUCUAUUAAAACUAUUAAAAAACAAUAAUAUUCUUUUGGUCCAUUUACAUUUUGUGCUUGAAUCUCAACCGAGACAUUUACAGACACAUUUUAGCACAUUUCACGCAUUGUUCAAAUAUCUGUUAUUUUAUUAUCAAGAAAAUGCUAAAAAAAAAUAAAUAUAAAUCUAAAUCAUCCACAGCAGCUCCACCUGUUCAAAAAGACAUUUCACCAACAAGAAGCAGAUUUUAUUUUCAUGUAGUGGCUUUUAUUGUUAAGACCAGGCUACGGGACUUUUUUACUCCAACAUUUAUGAACCUUUUAUUCAUGUUUUUGCAAA